AUGGGUGAUUUGCCAAGCGAUCGAACUCAAUUAGAGUUUCCUUUCCUUAACACAGGCAUAGACUACGCAGGGCCAGUGCUGGUGGUUGACCGUAAAGAUAUUCAAAUAGAUAUGUAUAACAAAGGAAUAGAAUUUAAAACUUUUCCUCCUUACUCUUCACACUUCGGCGGCUUAUGGGAGGCUGGAGUAAAGUCGGUUAAGUACCAUCUGAGACGCAUACUAACUUUAGCACAUCCAACAUAUGAGGAGAUGACAACUUUGUUGGUCCAAAUAGAGGCUAUUUUGAAUUCCAGACCCUUAACACCUCUAUCCACUGAUCCUUCCGACCUGUCCUGUCUAACACCUGCGCAUUUCCUUAUCGGACGCUCGCUUAUAUCAGUACCACAACCUCUGGUCAUUGACACGAAAAUCAAUCGUCUUCAGAGAUACGAGAAAAUCGAAAAAUUGAAGCAACAUUUUUGGCAGCGUUCAACAGAAUAUGUAUCACUUCUCCAACAAAAUUUAAAAUGGAAUUAUUCAUCAGGUGACCUGCAACAGGGAUCAUUGGUCUUAGUGAAAGACAAGAACCGACCACCACUACUUUGGCUUCUCGGCAGAGUGGUGAAGAUGCAUCCAGGACGAGACAACGUCAACCGUGUAGCAGACAUAUUGACCAAGAAUGGUGUUAUCCAGCGGUUCUACAACAACAUAUGUCCUCUACCAGUCACCACUUCGUCAUAUUGA